AUGGACGACAAUUCACUUGACAUUGGGCACGACACCCGCAUAACAAAGCGCCGCCGCGUCACGCUCGCCUGCAACUUCUGCCGCACCAAGAAGAUCAAGAUCAAGUGCGAUGGCGCGGAACCAAAGUGCUCCACCUGCAAUCUAUACGGCGCUGCCUGUGACUACCCGCAACGUAGUAGGAAGCCGGAGUUCCGGCCGGACAACUCCAGCAUCUCCUACAGCAUCAGGCGACGACCGAGUUCUUGCUGGGAUAUCUCCUUGCUCAAGUGGCCGACAUUGAAGGAGCCGUCAAAAGUGCCUUGGAAUGUCUGGAAGGUGAUAGUAGAGCUGAUAACGAUCGGUACCAAGGAGUUUGGAGGAACUCUCGAUUAA